AUGCGGCUAAGUCAAUCUCCAACUUCAUAUGAAGUUUCUAAUGGGAGUGAUUCGGUCUUUAAUAUGACUGGGGAAGAGCCGAACAAUUUAUUUUCAAACUUCUUUAGUGCUAUAAUUACUGUAUAUAAUUGGGAUUCAGUUUCGUUAGAUACUUGGGGAUUCUGGCCUCUCAUUAUCAUGAGUGUAAUUGGUAAUGUUAUUUUUGUCAUUAUACUACAAAAUGUUAUUAUUUCAUUUAUGAGUGCGGCCUUUGAGGAUGCUGAUAAAGAUGGAAAACAUGCAGUUAUCUUUAAUCAAAGCAAAUUAAUUUAUGAUUAUGCAUUCAAAGAAAAUUCUAUUUUUUUUUCGGGACAAACUGAUUUGGAUUCUAAGCUUAAAGAUAAGUUAAGAGUAAAGUAUAUAUGUUUUUAUAAUGAACUAGCAAUUACAGAAUCAUGGAGAGAGAAAUCUUUAAAAUGGGAAUCGAUUCCAAUAUGA